AUGCUACAGUCGAUACCGUACCUGGGCGACUUGUCCCUCGACUCCAUCCUCAAUUGGGACUUCUUCUCAGAGUGGCUGCAUUCGCCUGGACAUGCGACUACCCGGUCUGCUAUCCUCGUAGCGAUAUUUACGGGUACUCUGCUUCUGCGCUCUGCUAUUAACCGCCGGAAGAGGAACCCUCGUGGUUUGCCAUUGCCUCCUGGUCCGAGACGCUUGCCACUCGUUGGGAAUCUUUUCCAAAUUCCGUCGGUGCACCCGUGGGCCGUGUAUGAUAGUUGGGGGAAGCAGUAUGGGGAUAUGAUCUACCUCGAGGCUAUCGGGCAGCCAUUGAUGAUCAUCAACUCGGUGGCGACUGGGACUGAGCUCCUGGAGAAGAGGGGUACGAAUUACUCGGACCGGCCAGGGUCAACGCCUGCAUUCGACAUCUUGGAGUUUGGAUGGAUGAUCGGAUUGCUGAACUAUGGUCCUGAAUGGACAGGACAUCGACGAGCGUUCCAGCAGCACCUUAAUCCACGCAAGGUCCACCUGUACAAAUCCAUCAUUGAAGAGGAAGGUUUAGUCUUCCUUCGACGGUUGCUGGCGCGUCCAAAGGACUUUAUGGCGGAAGCUCGAUUGUACUUUGGCAUGGUCCUCAUGCGAGUUUCGUAUGGUUCGACGAAUGCCGCGUAUAAUGCCGACCUCAUCGAGAGGGCAGAAAUGGUCGCAAAAGGGUUCUCCGAAGCUGCCCUCCCUGGAAAGUACCUCGUCAAUGUAUUGCCCUUCCUCAAAUACGUUCCGGCCUGGUUCCCUGGCGCAGGAUGGAAACGAGAUUUGCUCAAGAUUACCCAAGUUACGAGGAGUUUGAUUCACGAUUCGUUCGAUGAAGUCGUGAAUCGAGUGAAAUCUGGGAAGCAGAGCCGGGAGUACCACUCUUUGGCUGGUGGAUUAAUCGAGGACUUCCCUCCAGAGAGUGAUCCUCGUUAUGCCGAACAGGAAUACAUUGCUCGAUGCACUGCUGUCGCUACUUAUGUCGGUGGAUCUGAUACGACCGGUGGUACCUCGCAAGCGUUGUUUGUUGCUCUUGCAACGAACCCGCAUUUCCAGAAGCGUGCUCAAGCAGAGAUGGAUGCAGUGCUGGGCCCUUGCCAGCUCCCCAAACCCGACGAUGUCGCUCGGCUGCCUUACAUCCAGGCUCUCACGAAGGAGAUCCUUCGGUGGUUUGUCGUUGCUCCCUUCGCCCUUCCUCAUGUUAUUAAAGACGACGACGAGUUCCGUGGACAUUUCUUGCCAAAGGGAACUGUUAUUUUCCCUAACCUCUGGGCCAUGCUUCACGAUCCAAACACUUUCGACACCCCUAUGGAGUUCAACCCCGAGCGAUAUCUCAAGGACGGAAAGAUCAACCCUAACGUUGUCGAUUCUGAGAUCGCUGCCUUCGGUUUCGGUCGUCGCAUUUGCCCCGGUCGCCAUCUCGCCCUCGACUCCCUCGGCUACAUGAUCGCUUGCUUGUUGGCCGUUUUCAAUGUCAGUCUACCCAAAGACCAGUACGGCAACCCCGUUCCGAUUGAUAUGCAGAUUACGUCUGGGAUGAUUGCCGGUGUUCUCCCUUAUGAGUGUGAUAUCGUUCCUCGUUCGGAACAGCAUGCUGCACUUGUGAGAGACCAUUACUUGAUUAAGGUUUAA